AUGACCUUUUCCAUCUUUAUUUCUUUUAGUUUGGUGCUGAGUUCAGGCGUUUCUCAGUAGACACAAACACAAUGUCAACGUUUGAGAAUUUUUAUAACCACAUACAGAAAAUGCACAAACUUGAUGAUAUAGAAUUCCUUGUCAGCUACACAGACCCCCAAGAUGAUCUCCUUCCUAUCAACAAUGACGACAACUACCAUAAAGCGUUGACUAAUUUUAAACCACCGCUACGGAUAGUGGUUCAAAGAAGAGAGGAAGCAAACGAAAGCCUAUAUAUGAGUGCAACCUUAAGGAAAAACAAAGGAAUCAGUAAAAUCCUUGGAGGUGGGAAUGCAUCAAAGCCGCUUAGACCGAUCAUGCCUAUUGGGAUGCCGCAAGACUUCCGAAGGGUGUCCGCUAUUAUCGAUGUUGAUAUUGUGCCAGAUACGCAUAGAAGGGUUCGACUUCACAAGCACGGUUCUGAUAAACCCCUUGGGUUCUACAUCCGCGAUGGAACAAGCGUACGCGUCACACCGAAAGGUCUUGAAAAAGUUCCAGGAAUUUUCAUUUCUCGGUUAGUUCCUGGAGGUCUUGCCGAGAGUACAGGGUUAUUAGCGGUGAAUGAUGAAGUUUUAGAGGUUAACGGUAUUGAAGUUUUUGGCAAAACAUUAGACCAAGUGACCGACAUGAUGGUCGCCAACAGUUCUAACCUCAUAAUCACAGUGAAGCCAGUCAACCAGCGUAAUACUAUCUCGCGUUCGCAUCGUAAACCUAUUGCUCUACUACAGAACCAAUCCCUGCAUUUAAAUCGUUCUUUACCGUCAUUGGUCGAUGCUGGUAGUCACAACCAACACGAUUUAGACAGUGACGAAGACGAAGUAAUGGAUUUAGAAAAUCAAGAGCCUUCGGGAAUGUUAUACAGAGAGACUGAACAUAUGGAAAAGGGACAGGGUGAUUCCAUAAGGAAUGGCGUGCAUAAUGGGAAUGCGUUGCACUCCACGUCCUCUGUCGAUACUCUUGAGCAUGAAACAUCAGCACUUACUCUCUAACUGUGUACCACGCAAGAGUAAUACCAGCAAUGGUUGUGCCAAUAUGAUGAUAGUUUUACACAUUGGAUUAAUAAAUAAACUUUUAAAAAAAAAUGUUGAGUAGUUCAGGUGUGAAGCCAAAGAGAAUCAUUCCGGUGCCUUUUGUGGAAGAUUGCAAAAUAUGAAGGUUCAAUUGUUUUGAUAUGAAGAUGAUCUCAGAAUCUUACAAAUCAAAUCAAAUUCUGUCCACACUACCAAAUUUUAUGUGACAAAUUGUAUUUGUCACAUAAAUGUUGAUAGUGUGGACAGAAUCUUAAGCUCUGUCCACACUAUCAAAUUUUAUGUGACAAAUUAUGUUUGUCACAUACAAUUUGAUAUUGUGGACAAAAUUUGGUAAGUGUGGACAGAGCUCAAGAUUCUGUCCGCACUCAAAUGUUAUGUGACAAAUAUGUGACAAAUAUAAUUUGUCACAUAAAAUUUGAUGCAGUAGUUCUCAUUAUAUCUGUUCUAGUACUUGAAGGUCCAAAAACUUUACGAAUACAAUUAUGAAUAGGGUAGUAUUUAAGAGAUAAUUCGUCUGCAUACCUGACACAGCACCUCUGCAUUUUAAAAUUCAAAACAUCACCUUGUUAUUGUCCACAUGUAAGAUCUAUUCACAGGUACUGUAACAUCUGGUUAAUAAUUUAAUAUAUACAGUAAUGUAAAUUUUCUUAUUAAGAUUUGAUGGAAUAAGGGACUCAACAUGUAGUAUUCAGCAGUGUUUUAAAGGUAUAUAUUUGUAGGAAUAAGUUAGUCAAGAUAAUUCAAUUUAAAUGCCUUGAUACUUAAGUGGGAAUAAAGAAUGUUUUCUAAGAACCCAGUUUGAUUGCUAAGAGGAAGUAUUGCAGUAUGUACAGUAACAUUACUCAUGCCAUUGUACAAUUUAUCUGGUCUACUGAAUAUAGGCCUACAUUGAAUACAGAACGUUUUGAUCCACAGUAUUCAAAAGAAUUUAAACUCCAGUAUAUUAAAUUCUCGUGGUAUUCUUAAAAUGUGACUUUUGUUCAUUCAGGAACCGACCAAAUACAGUAGUUGCCAAGUACCAUUGCCAAAAACAGAGUAAUUUAACAUUUUUUGAAUGUACAAAAAGUUAAAGGGCAAGUACAAUAAAUUUAACAAUAAAAUUCCAAAAUUUUGCAUUGCCCUAUAUUCCAAUAUAUUUAUGAAUUCCUACCAACUGAAAAUAAAUAAAUUUAAAAAUAUGCACACAAGAAAAAACAUUCCUGUUUAUAGCUAAAAGCAAAUGAAAGCAUGGUUUUGAUUGAAGGUUCUGUCAUUAUUGACUGUUGUUAUUGUUCACUAUUUACUGUUUACAGGUUGUACUAUAGAACACACAUAAACACAGUAAGGUCAGUUGUCAGAGGGCGUGGCUUAUUAGUAGGCCUUAAUGUUUCAGCACUACUGAUGAUAUCCAGUGAGUACCAGAAACUUGGACUUCAUGACCUUUGCUUAUUAUUCCACCCUCCUGACCCAUUCCUGUGUUUUAGGUUUUCUAUUAUUUAGGUGGAAGCUCACACAUAAACAUUCACUCUGGUUAUUCCCAGGGCUGCAAUCAAACAUCACCUUUAAGAGUGACAAGCAAAGCACUUGAUUAUUUAACUGCUGCUCAGCAAACCUCACCUGACCUCAAACUUACCUGUUCAUGGUAGAUAAAUCUUCCAAUUUAAUGUGCAAAUCAAAGAAUAAGGAUAGAUAGAUCUAAUUGCCAAUGUUAUCUAAACCAUGGGAGGGAUAAUUUAUUAUACUCAGUGUUUGACCCAAUAUUAACAGCAAUAUGGAAUUGAAGUGAAGGGGACGGAAGUCGUAGUCCUAUUGUUAGACUGUUAAAUUUAUAUUUUCCAUCUGUGUUUUAAACAGUUGCUUAAUUUUUGAUACAAUUAGUUUGAACAAUAGAGUUAAUAUUUGUAUACAGUAUUCCGAACAAGAAGUCCCCAUUCAAAAUACUUAGAAAGUACUGUGAAUUUUGAAUUGAAUUUGUGAGAGUUAUAAUUAUAUCACUUCCUUCUCAAAGAAUCUAAUGAUAUGAAAUAUGACAACGAACACCUCAGCUCACGUAAAACAUAAAUUAAUAAAAAAUGAAUGAAGUGGACUAUAAAAUUUACUUCACCUUGGUGGAUCAUCCAAUAAAAUUCAGUUAGAUAAUAAUUUGUAUUAAAUUCAUUUAUAUGGACAAUGUUUUAGCAGAACAUUCUACAAAAAAUAUAUAGCAACAACCAAUUUAAAUAACCAUUGUAUAGAAUACAAUGUGUUAUGCUAGAGGAAUUGAACAUGUUUUGAUUAUGGGGGGUCGUGGUAUUUAGUCAAUAUGAAUUCUGUUAGAUAUUAACCAGGUUUUUGAAUUCUUUCAUAAUAAGCUGGUGGUAUUGGGUUAUUCAUCUUGUUCACAUGAUUUCAUUAAUUUGAGGUCAGGUCACUUGAAAUGUUCAUCAUGUACUGUUACUUGAUAUUGUAUUCAAACACUGUGAAUUGUUACAUCAGAAAACACUUCUUCUGUUACUAGCUAGAAGAAUAUUCAUCAGGUCACAGAUUUAUAGUACCCAUUGUUUUGCUUUAUACCACCUUCCUGAUUGAUAUUUAUUUGUUCAUUUCUUGUCAUCAGCAAGCCAAAGUAGACUGUUUAUUAUACAGUAGCUAUAGGUCAUGCGCAAUUUAAGUUGUGUGCUUACCAAACUUUUAAUUAUUUAUAGUCACUUGGUGGUGGUCGUGGUAGAAUGAUGGGGGAAAGUUAAUUUCUAGCUGUAUUUUUCUGGGAAUUCAGGCAUAUACAGGAAGGGGACAAACAGAUCAUACUCCUCCAUGAUCAGAGGAUCUCCAUAGAUAAAGACAUUGCCAAAUAAAAGCCGUAGACACAUUCCAUGCUUAAUCUCAGUCAAGUUUACCACCAAAAUUUAAAUUCUGAUACAACAGGUAAAAGUUGUUUAAAAUCACUUGAAUUUGUAUGCUGCACCAAUAAAACAUUUUAGACAAAUAUAAAGAAACUAAAAGUAGAGCAUUUAAAACAUGUUUUACUCAUUAUUAAAUAUUUAUCUUUCCAGUUCCCAAAAUUCUAUAAUGAAUCAUUUAGUGAUAAUAUUAGUAUUCAAUUAAUCUACGUAAAUAAUUAUAAUAGUACUUGCACAUACACAGUAUAUUGUAAUGUAUGAAUUUAAAUCUAUCACAAAGUCUGUUGUGAAAGUCUUAUUGCAUAUUCAUUCCGAAGAUGAGGAUGUAUAUCCCUGAUAUUUUUAUACAGUUGUGAGAGAUGGAGGUGCGUGGGGUUUUGUAACUAUUGGAUUGGUGCGUGGAUGUAUUGUACCACCAUGAUAGGGGUGGGGGGUAAUAUAAGUUGGCAUUUUUUACCUGAUGUAUAGUACUUUAAAUUUAUCCAACAUUUAAUUAGAUUUUCUGCAGGCAAAAUACUUUUCAGGAAUUAAUACUGUAGAAUGUUGAUAUUGGCCUACUGAUAUGCAGGUGUAAGAUGAAUUAAUUUCUUAUUGGUAGAGCCAUUUUGCUUGGAAUGAUAUAAUUCAUUGUAUAAACGAAUUGAAAGAAAAUGUAUAAAGUUGCUUUGAUUUCUAUGAAUACAGCAUUGGUGAGUUGUGAGGAACUUUAAUCGAUUGUGUAUUUUCUAUGAACUUUUUGAUAAAUUAAAAGCAUAGUUAAUGAUGCUUAUAAUACUGUAUAUUGUUAUAUAUUUUUUCAAAAUUUAGACGCUUAAGAAUUGGUCCUGUUUCUAGUGCCUUUUAAUUCCUUUCUUAAGAGAAUUUCUUGUCGCAAAUAUUAAUUAAUCUGUAUAUUUUUAUGUAAAUUUUAGUUCUGCUUUUUAGGGUUCUAUUGUUUGGGGGUACAAGACUUGGAGACCACAGUUGAAAACAUUUUACUAAGCCAUGGAUGUAGGCGCAAAUUUUAAUGUUGAGUAUUUUUAUGAAUUAACGUUUAGUUGUGUCAUCCAAUGGAUCUAUAGGCCUAUAUAUCAUACCAAAAUAUUUUUGUAUGUACAAUUGGUGGAGUUAUGAAAUUCAUGCAUUUAAAUGGAAUAAUAAAUAGCUUGAGUAGUAUAUUAAUUUGAAACCAAUAUAUUUUGACUUUUAUUUCCUGAUUGUUAUGUGUCAAUGUAAUUAAAUAUUAUUUCAUCUAAUAAAUUAUAUCACUAUUAAAAUGUAUUAAUAUUGAUUGUUUAAAAAAAAAAUAUAGAACAACUUUAGAAAAUCAGUUAAAACAUUUAAUAGGUCAUUUUAAUGGAAUAACUAUAGUUACAUCUAUAUAAGCUACCGUAACUUCAAUUGUAUCCAUAUUGAAUAACAUUUUUUUGGUAAUUUCCGAACCUUUGAUUUGACAUUUUUGAUUUGACCAUUGAUUUGCCAAUUUACUAUAUUUACUAUUUAUGUUUGCUAAUUGGUGAAAAAUAUAUGCACAUUUUAAAUUUCAAUUUAAAGAUAAAUUACCUAAUUAAGUAAUACAAAAUUAGCAAUUAAAAUGUUAAAUUUUAAAUAUUGAAUUUUAUUUUUUUAACUCAGCACAUACAUUGUAAGUCUAUCUUGGGAUAUAUGUUGUACUGUGUAGAGCUAAAGAAAUUUGGAUAAAUAUUAAAUAUUUAAAAUUGCUUACAUUUAUAUUCCAUCUCCAUCCACCAGUUUUGAUGUCACAGUUCACGAGCUGUGUUGUAUUUUCUGUUUGUUAAAGUGGGUACACCACCGCUUUUAGUCUUCUUAAAAUUGGCUGGUACAAUAAUUCUAAAAUAUUUAGUAGAAAAUGUAUUUUUUCAACUCUCUCUAGAAGUUGGUACAUUUUCUUUUAUCCUUAUAUGAGCUAUUGAAUGUUUUAAUUGAAUGUUGAAGUACUGUAUUUCUAUAUGACAAAUUGUAUAUCUUUUAGGUUCCAUUAUAGGUACACUGUCGUAAUUUUUGUUGUUGAACAAACCACAAAGAACAAACAAGGCACUCAACAAAUAUAUUUUUGUUGACAUAUAACUGCUAACAUGAAGUAAUUUAUUGUAUUAUGUAAUAAAUUAAUAAAUAACUUCAUUAAUAUUAUUAUAUAAUUGAUUUAAAAUGAGCCAGUAAAUAUGAUUAUUCAAAUUUUAAUUUUACAUGUAAUUAUUUUUACUGUUAUUGCUUCAUAUAUUUUGUAGGUGUUUUUUAUUUCUACACACGCCAAAUGUAUUUGUAUAUUAUUAGUCGAAUUUGCACUAUGUAUCAUGUUCUGUUCUUGAAUUGAAUUUUAAAGGGGUUGUGACAUAGAAAAAGCAUUUCAAAAUAAAGAAAGUGCACAAGAAA